AAACCCCUAGAGGAAUCCGCCGUCCUCUCAGUGUUCUGACCAACUACAGUUACGAAGAUGCGAUGGAAAUAGAAGAGAGCUUUGUUGGGGGUCCUUUUUGGACUCUUGCCCCCCCGUAACGCUCGAGUUCAGAUGAAUCUGAUGCGAGAACACCAUCAAAACUUGGUGAAGGACAUGUCUUCUGAAGAUUGAUGAAUGGAAUCACACUUGUAAACAGACCUUGCACCCUACACCCUUGCCUUGUAUGUCACAGUCCUUUGCUGUUCUUUAGCUGUACUCCUGUCUUGGGUGGAGAAGAUGACUUAAAAAGACUACAUACCCAGCUUUAUGGCCACCAGAGCCCAAAACCAGCCUGCCAGACAUAGAUACAGUAAGCACCCUUGACCUGAGUCCAUUCCACAGCCUGCAGUCAUGGAAGACAGUGAACUCAUCUUCUCCCUGGACCGCGAUGAGGAGGGUCCCAUCGUCUCCUUCUCCAAAGAGAGACCCCGUGGUCGAGGAGAUGGACGGCCAGCUAUCCGCUCGUCUGCCUUCAACUUCCCCCUCUCCUCCUCCACCCCCAGCUCCUUGGGUGAGCUCUCAGCCUCAGCCCCUGGCACCAUCGUUCAUGGUCCUUCUUCGUCUACCAGCAGCAUCAUCAAGUCCUCCUCCUCUUCCUCUGACAUGGAGUCUAAAGAGACUGCCUCGCUGAGGCCAAAGCCCCUGCUCAGCCUUGUCAAGUCCCUCUCCACUGAGAUGUCCCGCCGAGAGCCUGAAGUCUGCCUCUCCAGAUCGGACUCCAAACUCCACCUACAGCCUUGGAAGCAUGUUACCAAGCCCCGGGAUGAGGCAGAGGCAGAGCCUAGUGGCCUGCUGCUGGCCGAGCUGGAGGACACACGGCGAAAAUUUUCCGAGGCCAUGCAGGAGCCAUUCAGCGUACUCAGUAAGAUCAUGGGCGAGGAGGGGGGUGGCAGCCCCAAGUCUCAGAAAGGCGAUUCCCCUGCUGGAGGAGGGUCACCUGCUCGGACCGAGGAGGGCAGUCUGCCGACCGUUUGCGAGACUCCUUUGAGGAAGCCAAGGAAAGGGCUGUUUUCAAGCUAUUCACCUGAAUUCUGCCGCAAACUGGGAAGUGAGGGCAGUCGCUACGAGAUCCGCACCUAUGGUGACGUUAUGCAGGUUGUGGAGAUUAAAGGACACUCUGGUCCAGAACUCAGAAAUCCACGGCUGAAGAUUGUCAAAACGACAUCUUCAGGUCCAGGCAGGUGGCUGGUGUGCGUCGGCCUGCUGGCCUAUGGCUUCUUUGUGCUACCGCUGUCAUCCUACCUGACUGGACUGUUUCUGGGAAUGGCUUGUGGGUUCAUGAUGGGCUUAGCAGUGGUACUAAUGCUAGCACUGCGGCGACCGGCCAAUGCCCAGAAGAAGCUGGCUGCCUCCCCUGACGAUAGCCUGCCGACGGACUCCAUUAGCAGGGUGCAGAGAGAUCUGGGAACACUGCAGGGCUGGAUGAAUGAAAUGAACUCCUAUGAUCCGGAGACCUACCACCCCUCAAUGUGUCACUCUGUCUAUGUCACCCUGGAAGGCUUCCGUCUGCAUCUGGCGUACCCCCGCAUCAACAUCACACGCCGAGCCAGCACACACGAACCUGCCCAUGACACCACAUUUGUGCGCUCACGCAGUUUCCAGCUGACCAACAGCAAGGUUUUUCUGCUGCCAGAGGUUUUGGCAAAAAAGAGAGUGUGGAAUAAGAAGUAUCCCAUCUGCAUCAUGCUGGCUGAGGAAGAAGAGCACAAAGAGGACGAGGGAACCAGUGAGCCAGCGGAAGGAGCAGAGGAAGACAGCGAGAGAGCAGAGAAACCUCCACAGACAGAGAAGGAAGCAGGCCAGACCACCAUGCUCUACCUGUUUGGGCGUACAGGGAGAGAGAAAGAGGAGUGGUACCAGCACUUCCUGUUAGCUUCGAAGGCCAAGCCCCACUUUAGCAGAGAUGAGUCCAAGACAGAGGUGUGCAGUGCUAAAGGGUCCAGUCGAGGCAGUACUGAUGAUCUGGCCUCCAUGCUAGGCCUGCGGGAGCUGGCUGGCUCAGUCAGAGAGAAGAUCUUGCUGGACUACAGCUCCUACAUGGCUCGCUUUGUCAUGUCAGAGAGCUGCAGCCUUACACCCAGUCCCAGCCACAGCGAACCAGGCAGCCCCACUGACACACACAGGCUGUCCAGCGAUCGGGGGGCAGAGCAGGGUGAGAGCAGGCCAGCAUGGAUCAAUGCUCUCAUCGGGAGGAUCUUCUGGGACUUUCUGAGGGAGAAGUACUGGGCCGACCAGGUGGCCCACAAGAUCCAGAAGAAGCUGACCAAGAUCAAGUUGCCAUACUUCAUGAACGAGCUGACCCUAGCCGAGCUGGACAUGGGCACAUGCAUGCCGCACGUGCUGAGUACCUCCAAACCUUCAGUGGAUCAAAGAGGCCUGUGGCUGGAGCUGGAGGUGGUCUACACUGGCUCUCUACAGAUGACUCUGGAGACAAAGAUGAAUCUGCAAAAGCUGGGGAGAGAGAGUGUGUCAGAGGCAGAGAACCUCACAGAGUGCAGUGGACUAGUGGGCUCUAGGCCAAGGCUGUGUAUCAUUGCAGACAGUGAUGAGGAGUCAUCUAGCGCAGGCUCGUCUGAUGAAGAGGAUCCUGUGCCCUGUGAGCCUCAGGGCACUCUGGGAGAAAAGAGCACGCCCCCUGGGUCUGAUGGCCACGGCAGUGGAAGCACCAGUAGGAAAAUUCUGCGCUUUGUGGACAAGAUCGCCAAGUCUAAGUAUUUCCAGAAGGCCACAGAGAACGAGUACAUCAAGAAGAAGAUUGCAGAGGUCUCUAACACUCCCCUGCUGCUCACUGUGGAGGUGCUGGAACUCUCUGGAACUCUAGCUGUCAACAUUCCACCGCCCCCUACUGACCGAAUAUGGUACAGUUUCCGACUUCCCCCGAGGCUGGAUCUGCGAGUCAAGCCCAUGCUGGGCGAGAGAGAGGUCACUUUCACUCAUGUCACCGAGUGGAUAGAGAGAAAACUGCAGUGUGAGUUUCAGAAAGUUUUUGUGAUGCCCAAUAUGGAUGACCUGUACCUGCCCCUUAUGUCCUCUGGAAUGGACAAUGCCACCAUAUCCCAGCCGUCCUCUGGGGAAAGUCAGGAGCAGCAGAAAUGUGGAGGUUUGGAGUGAAACUAGGACACACCGAGAGGUGAAGAGAAGAGUGUGUGUUCCAAAUGAAGCUCAUAUGGGUAUGUGGGCAGUUUACUGCAGCUC